CUGGAUUAGAUGAUCUACAACCUCGUAUAUACGAUCCUGAGACCCUUGAGAAGGACCUAUACGAACUAAACAAGGAGAAUAACGCUUCUAUAGAUGAGAGACUGGACAUGGCGACGUGGAUCGCCGAGAAGGCCAUUCAGGCUUUCAGGUCAUAAAACCGUCGAAUUGGCCAAACAGGAGCUUAAAUAUAAGACCCUUGAGUUCAAACAUAUAGCUCUACAAGAGAAGAAGGGUCGCAAGAAGGUACCACCAAAACGAGGUCGUGAAUUAGUCGAUGCAGAGGAUAUCGUCGCGAAACAGAAGGAGUGGAAACGCGACAACAAAACACCACCCCCAUUGCGAUCUGUUCGCUCACGUAUGAAGAAGUGAUAUACAACUGUACGCAUCAGAAAAAAUGAUCAAUCUGAGUCGCUGGUCGUCGAAUGCGACCGUGGCGAACCUCGUCGUCGUGUUGAAAUUGACGUUCGACUUCCCUCCGCGUUCGACUUCUUCCGUUUAGCCUGUAGAGCUCGGAGCGGUGUUUGAUAAGCUGGCUUGCCUUGAGAGAAGGCUGGUAGCGACGGCGGCGGCGUAGAAGGCAGUAAUGGCGUUGAAGAGAGGUUACUCUGGC